AUGGUUUCCCCUCCUCACUACCCUCCCUUUCUCUGCCCAGACUUGGCCGUCGACGUUCCUGGUCACGGGACGGUGGUGGUCGACAUCGGCUACGGUGGCACUUUCUAUGCCUUUCUCAGCGCCGAGCAGCUGGGCCUCGAUGUGUGCUCUUCAAAGACCAGAGACCUCGUCAGUGCGGCGAGCGCGGUGACGGAAGCGGUGAAGAAACAGUUCAAGCUUCAUCACCCAGAAAGUGAAGACCUGGCUUUCCUCUACGGCACCAUACUGACAGAUGGGAAAGAUGCCUUUAGCGAGGAGCCCACCACCAACAUCUGUGUGUUUGCCGAUGAGCAGGUUGACCGAAGCCCAACAGGUUCGGGUGUGACAGCCCGCAUCGCCUUGCAGUACCAUAAGGGACUCAUCCAGCUGAAUCAGACCAGAACCUUUCGGAGCAGUACCACGGGGUCCUUGUUCACCGGGAAGGCAGUGCAGGAAGCCAAGUUUGGGAAGUACAACGCUGUUGUCGUGGAAGUCUCAGGAGAAGCCUUUUACACUGGUACAGCCACCUUCACUGUCGAAGAGGAGGACCCGCUGAAAUACGGCUUCUUCUUCAAGUGACCCGAGCCACUGGGCAGCGGCAAAGUCUCGCUGAUGGUGCUGCUCUUCUCCUGCCCACGCAUUCGUGUUCUGCUUCUCCACACGGCUCGUUGCGAUAUGCCAGAGCAACAGGAACAGCCUUUGGUGGUGUGACAGCAUCUGCCGUGUUUCAAGAUAACAGGCCGUGUUCCCCUGUUGUGAUUAGCAUAUUGGGUGCAAUGUGAUUAGCAUAUAUGGGCUGCUCUGAGAAGCCAUAAUCUUUUUCUUCUUUUAUUUCAAUAAUUAUUCACAGAAAAUGGAGCUGAUCUUGGAGAGCUGUCUUCAAAUUUACGUGCCUUCUCUACAUCUGCAA